UUUUUUUGACAACAUUUCUUGAUAUAGCUUUGACACCACAUAAAAGUGGAAAAUUGCAUAUACUAAUUAGUGUAACAUUUGGCAUGUGACUUAUUCAAAUUUCAACUUAUAGGUUGCACCAUACAUUUUUGAUUUGUUCCAUCUUUCUUCUUCCUUCCAUGAUCAUGUCACUCUCACGAUCAUUCAGAAAAUUCCCAAAUCUUGUUACACUCUCAAAAUCUUACCCACAUUCUUUAACAAGUUCACAUUUUGAUCACAAUUAUUCAACACCCACAUUCCAAUUCAUCCAUAAUCCAUCUGGGUUUCUCAAAUUCCACAUUUUUCCAUUUCACACAUCACGUGCUAAUAAACCCAAAACCACAAACCCAGAUGCUGAAACAAUCUGCAAAAUCUUAUCCACCAAACCCGAUUCACCCGUCGAUGUCUCUCUAGCCAACUUUCCGGUGAAGGUAUCACCGGAGCUUGUGGUUGAUGUCUUGAACAAACUCAGCAAUGCUGGCAUUCUCGCUCUUUCGUUCUUCCGUUGGGCGGAGAAACAGAAAGGAUUCGAGCAUAGUACAGAGAGUUUUCAUGCUUUGAUUGAAGCAUUGGGUAAGAUCAAACAGUUCAAGAUGAUUUGGAAUUUGGUUGAUGACAUGAAACAAAGAAAAUUGCUUAAUGGUGACACUUUUUCGCUCAUUGCUCGUAGAUAUGUUCGAGCUAGGAUCAUCAAGGAAGCAUUGAAGACGUUUGAGAGGAUGGAAAAAUAUGAAUUGAAGCCUCAAAUAUCGGAUUUCAACAAGUUAAUUGAUGUUUUGUGCAAGUCAAAGUUUCAUGUUGAGAAAGCACAGGAACUGUUUGAUAAAAUGAGGCAAUGGAAUUUAGAGCCUAAUCUUAAGUCCUAUACUAUUUUGUUAGAAGGUUGGAGUCAACAGCAAAAUUUGUUGAAGGUUAGAGAGGUUUGUAGAGAGAUGAGAGAUGAGGGUUUUGAGCCUGAUGUUGUUACUUAUGGUAUACUCAUCAAUGCAUAUUGUAAGGCUAAAAAAUAUGAUGAGGCUAUUGGUUUUUAUCAUGAGAUGAAAUCAAAGAAUAUAAGUCCUAGUCCUCAUAUAUAUUGUACUUUGAUUAUUGGUCUUGGUAAUGGGAAUAGAUUGAAUGAAGCUCUUGAAUUCUUUGAAAAAUCUAAGGUUAGUGGAUUUCCACCUGAAGCGCCGACUUAUAAUGCUGUUGUUGGAGCUUACUGCUGGUCAGGGAGGAUGGAUGAUGCUUGCAGAAUUGUUGAUGAGAUGAGAGACCUUGGGAUCGGUCCGAAUUCUCGAACGUAUGACAUAAUACUUGUUCACUUGAUAAAGGGUGGGAGAGCAAAAGAAGCUUACUCAGUUUUCAAGAGAAUGAGUAGUGAGAUAGAGUGUGAGCCGAGGGUAAGCACGUAUGAAAUCAUGGUGAGGAUGUUAUGUAAUGAAGACCAAUUGGAUUUGGCAAUGGUAGUUUGGGAUGAGAUGAAAGACAAAGGAAUCCUUCCAGGAAUACACAUGUUUUCGACAUUGAUCAUUUCCUUGUGUCAUGAAAAUAAGUUGGAUGAAGCGUGUAAAUACUUUCAACAAAUGUUGGAUGUUGGGAUUCGGCCUACUGCCAAUAUGUUCAGUGCUUUCAAGAAAGCUCUAAUAGACGCGGGAAUGGAGAGUACUGUGAUACAUUUUGCUCGGAAAGUUGAUAAACUGAGAAAUACUCCAUUAAUUGCUUGACUUUCUCUUAAACAAAGACAUUCCAGCAUGUUGGGAGGUCAAUAGAACCAUCUAAAUCACACUAAGCUCUCUAACAAUGUUGUUAAACUCGAGUGUUAACUCGUAAACUCGUUCGAGUUUACGUGUUUAGGAGUGAAAAACUGGUUAACUCGGGAUAAACUCGAUUUUUGGUAAACUCGUGGGAAAAAACGAGUUUAACCGAGUUAACUCGGAGUGAAAACGUGAAACUCGGAUAAACUCGGGCGAGUUUACAUGUUUUUUCGAGUUUACCUUUUUAAACUUUUCUGGCCCAAUUUUUUUUAGAUUAUUAUUUGAAUGUUUAGCUGAUUUGGUUGGGAUAAUUAUGUAUUUUGAUGCAAGUUUAUGGACAUGAUGUUAUUUGUCAUUGUGAUUUGAUAUAUUUUGGCUUUAUAAUUAAAUUAAUAUU